GGUAAAAAAACUAAUGAGUGGGUCCCACCACGCGCAGAGCAAAAACUCGAACCUGAAACUCAAAGAAGAAGAAGAAGAGGAAAGCUCAAACUAAUUAGAAAGUUAAAAAAGUCAUCGUCCGUCAUUCUCUGGAAACCCUAGAAGCGAUGAAGCCUGGUUAGAUUAGAUUUGACGCGUCGUUGAUGAAUACUUCAAUUGCACGCUGCUAAGGUCUCUCUCUCUCUCUCUCUCUCUCUGAUAAUCUUCCUAGAUAUUUACUUCUCUUCUGGUGAGGCCUGUUCGUGCGAGGAUGAGUGUCUCUGGGAGAAAACGUGUUUCCAAAUGGGAUUCCAAGGAAGAAGAUCUUAGUGGAAACGAUUACUCUGAGCAGCAACAUGAACGCUUCUAUCCAGAGGGUAAGGGUAGAAAUGGGAGCAGCAAGAGAUCUGCUCCCGAUGUUGUUGAUGACGAGCAUCUGAAAUCUAGACAACAACAACAUCCAGGAGAAGCUUGGCCUCCCAGAAGCAGCAGAGGAGGUGAUGCCGCCGCCAUGAUGGGUUACUAUGAUUCUAGAAAGUCUUCUUCUGAACAAGAUGAAAGUUGGGACAGGCCUAGAACCCGUAGGAGUGGGAGUAGAAGUAACAGCAGGAGCCGGAGCCGAAGCCCAGUGCAGAGAGUAAGGCGAGAUGCAGGAGGAGGAGGAUCCUAUGACAGCAGACACAAGACAAGGUCAGGGAGAGAAGUUGAUGGGAGAUACAACAGAGCUGGUGGUGACCAUGAUUGGGAACCUAAAAAUAGAAAGACAAGAGAUACUAGUUACUAUAAGGAAGAAGAUUCCAGAGAACAAUAUCCCUUAAGGGUUGGUGGGAGGUCUGACUAUAGCUCUGAGGAUAAUAAUAAUAAUAAUAACUCAAGAAGAGAAACGCAGAGAAGGGAUGUUUCUGAGAGAGAAUACAACAGGAUCUCCAAUGUUCCGUGCAGGUACUUUGCGUUAGGGAACUGUCGUAAUGGCACAAGUUGCAGGUUUUCUCACCAUGGUGCGAGGACAAGUCCUGGGAGAAAGCCACAAGACGAGAUGUUUGGUAGACAUGACAAUAAUCAUAGAUGGAACGAAAGAUCAGAUACAGGGAAGUCCAGCGAGGGAGCUAAGGGUAAUAAUGGCAACUGGAUUGACGAUAUGGAGAUGUCUCCGGAUUGGAACUAUGGAGUUAAAACGUUAAAGAAACCUCUGAAUGGAGAGAAAGAUAGUUUAGCACCUUCUUAUGAGCAUGGUUCUGCAGAAGAAGUUAUGUCUCAGCAAGUUGGAGAUCGAAGAAGCAUUGGUAUGUUUCCAAGUGUAGGUGAAAAGACUGUAGCUUCUUCGCAUCAUGGUUUCAGCAAUAACUCGGCUCCUCCCGUCCAAGCAUUUAGUCAGAUUCAGAGUGCAUUGCCUUACCAAAACACACCAAUAGCUGCGGGAGGAAGUCAAGUGCUGCCACCUCCUCCUGCUGCUGCUACACAUCUCCCUGAGAAUGGAAAUGCUGUGAGCAGAGAAGAGCUCAAUCAUAUUAGUAACAUCUCAGCAUCUCUAGCACAACUUUUUGGAAACGGGCAGCCAAUUACAAACCUUCAUUCUACUUUAAAUCCCAUACAGUCAAUGCAGCUGCCUCAAGUAUAUGGACAAAAGGAACAAUCUUCACAUACUCAAACUGACAUCCUUAGUAAUAACUCCAUUCAUACCGGAGUAGUUCCAGCAGUUACUGCAUUACAGAUAAACAACAGCAACAGUUUGGUCUCGGUAGCUGAGAAUCCAAAGCCUUCUUCAGAGGAAAAGAGGGACAAAAGGAGAGAAGAAGAAGCUGGCAAAGAACCAGAUGGGAGAAAGACUGAAGAGACUGAUGCAGAGAAGGUAGUGGAGGAAGAAGAAGAUGAUGAAGAUGAUGGGGCAGGCGACGAAAACAAGAAGAAAGAAAAGGAUCCAAAGGGAAUGAGAGCGUUCAAGUUUUCUCUAGUGGAGAUUGUUAAGGAGCUUCUAAAACCUGCUUGGAAAGAAGGUGGGAUGAACAAAGAUGCUUACAAAAACAUAGUCAAGAAGGUAGUUGACAAAGUAACCGGUGCAAUCCAAACCGGAAGCAUUCCUCAAACACAGGAGAAGAUCGACCAUUAUCUAUCAGCUUCAAAACCAAAGCUUACCAAGCUUGUUCAGGCAUAUAUCAGCAAAGUCAAGAAGAGCUAACUUAAAUGCAACUCUAGUGUUUCUUAAAACAGAACCGCCACAGUAAGCUGGAGCUGCUGAGAAAGGUUAAAACUUGCGUCAUCUCCUCAUCUUUGAGGUUAGGCAUUAAGGAUCAGACAAGUAUAUGUUUGCUUCCCGUCUUCAGUUGUGUGUAGAUUAGAUACAACAAUAGACAUUUUAUCAGGAAAAAGGAGAUAUUUUUUUUUUGGUUGAUUUAGUAAUUUCUGAAAAUUAGCCAAACCAGACCAAAAAGCUGUUUUUUUAUCGAACUGUGUUGUCAUGAUAUUAGGUAGUUAAGAUCAUGUUUUAUGAAUUUAUCAAAUCUCUGUUUUUGAUAUGCUGCAUUUUUUUGUUUGGUCUUGUAACACUUUUGUUCUUUACCAGAUUCCAUGUUUAAUUUCGUACUA